AUGUGGAAGACCAAGUUUUCUCAUGAACCAACUCCCAUCGCCCACAAACCUGCUAAAUUUCAGAACAGCGGAACCAGCAAGAAAGUUCCAACGUGCAACAGUUCCGCCAGGGACAAUUUAACGAAAGAAAUAUUAAAGGGUUUACGCAUGGUGCUUCAGGAAACAAAUAAUAUCCCUACUGCAUGUGAUCCGGUGAGAGUUGCUGCUUCUUUGGAGUCUGAAUUGUUUCUCAAGUGGGGAGUCUUGAGUAAUGGAAACCGUAAUAAAUACAAUUCAGUCUUGUCCAAACUCAAAGAUCCGAAGAACUCAGAUUUUCGGACAAGCAUUCUGAUCGGGGAAAUUAGUCCUGAGAGAGUAGUUUUCUUGAGCACGCUUGAGAUAGCCGGUGAUCUCCGGGAAGCCCGCCAUCGAGCUCAAGUACUGAAGAAGGAUCAUCUCUUUCAAUUCGACUUCUGA